UGUUGAGUUUGCAUUCAAAGACUUUACGGGGAUGGGUUUUUUGAACUUUGUUUUUUAAAAAACCGUUUCAGAUUCAAAAUUAAACAAAAAGAAGACGAAACUGUCAACAGUUGAAAACCAAAUAAAAUUUUUGUUUAUAUACUUUAAAUAAAAAUACAAAAUCACGAAAAAGUGAAUUAUAUGCAUCUGGAAUGAAUGAACAGUUAAUUGAUAAAACAUUUAAAUAGCACAAUGAGCAUGACUUCCUUUGGUAAAAGGAUCGAGGACUAUGAAGUUCAUAGUUUGCUAGGAAAAGGUGGUUUUGCAUCCGUCUAUCGUGCUAGAUGUUUAAAAAGUGGCACAGAAGUAGCUAUUAAAAUGAUAGAUAAGAAGCUUAUGCAAGCAACAGGAAUGGUAAAUCGAGUAAAGCAAGAAGUAUCAAUCCAUUCCAGAUUAAAGCACCCAUCAAUUUUGGAAUUAUAUGAAUGUUUUGAAGACAUUAAUUAUGUAUAUUUAGUUUUAGAACUUUGUCACAAUGGGGAACUGCAAAAAUGUUUAAAAGAAAAGCCUCUCUCAGAAAAUGAAGUUAGCACUAUUAUAGGACAAGUAGCCGAAGGGAUAAAAUAUCUUCACUCAUAUAAUAUUUUACAUAGAGACUUGUCCCUAUCAAAUUUACUGAUUACAAGAGACUUUCAGGUGAAAAUUGCUGAUUUUGGUUUAGCAACGCAACUAACCAAACCUGAUGAAAAACACAUGACCAUGUGCGGGACUCCUAAUUUUAUUUCACCAGAAGUAGCAUCUAGAGGGUCUCAUGGUCUUGAAGCUGAUGUUUGGGGCCUAGGAUGUCUCUUAUACACUCUGUUAGUUGGAUCUCCGCCAUUUGAUACUCCAGCUAUAAAAAGUACUCUAACCAAAGUUGUAAUGUCAAAUUAUACUUUGCCAAGCCAUUUGUCACCAGAAGCUAAAGACCUCAUAAAUUCUUUACUACAGAAAAACCCCAAGGAUCGUAUGAAAUUGGAGCAAAUUUUGGAACACCCCUUCAUUAGAAGAGGCAGGAUCAUAUCAUCACAUUUAACUCAUGACAGUGGCAUCCAUACCAUGUCUAGUAAAAGAGACAGCACUUUUGGAGAUAGUACAUCACUUCCAUAUUUCCAAAAUUGCAAUUCCAAUCCUCAUUUAAGAAAAACAAACAGCGACUGUCUACCUUUACAAAACAUCUAUGGAAAAUCUCCUCAAAUCUGUCAAGACAUGGAACAUCUAAGAAUUCACAGUUACGAUGCUCUACCGACUUUUAGAUCUAAAGAACAACCUUUGAAAUGUUGUUCACAGAUUUCUAAUUGUUGCCAUGAGGAGAUGAAAAGAUCUUGUUGUAGUGGGAUUGAAUCUAGAAUAAGAAGUAAUCAGGAGUGUCAAGUACUGGUUGAUCCAGGAGGGUGCAAUUAUAAUCAACCUGUAUGCACUACUCCUUUACACUCUCACCAUUCCGACCCUCCUUAUAAUGAAAAUACUGGCAAUUAUAUAUGCACUAAACCAUCAGUAGGUUAUGCUCAUGUAUCUAAAGAAUCACCUGAAAAUUUUCACAAACAAAGAGAAUUCAGCCCAGUAAAAUUCGAAAGAGCCAAAAAAUCAUUAAUUCCAUUGUGUUCAGAACGCUUAUUACCUACUAGACAUCAAACUAAAAACGCUAUACUCAGUAUAUUAAAAGAUGGCGAAGUCUGUAUUGAGUUUAUUAAAAAACGGGGAAGCCCAAAGAGAGACUACGUUUGUGAGGUCAUGAGGAUAUCUACAGAUGGUAUGAGAAUAGUUUUGUACGAAAUUGAAGGGGGUAAAGGAGUUCCACUAGGGGAUGAACCAGCAUCUAUGCCUUCUCAAGGUGCAGAUAAAAUUUAUGGUUUAGAAAAUUUACCAGAGAAGCAUUGGAAAAAAUAUACUUAUGCAUUAAAAUUCAUAGAAUUGGUCAGAGCCAAGACACCAAAAGUGACAUACUAUACAGAUAAAGCAAAGUGUUUUCUCAUGGAAAAUCUGACUGACUUUGAGGCCUGUUUUUAUGAUGGUGGCAAAGUAACUAAGUCGGUUACUGAUGGUAUCACACUUAUUGAUGCUUCAGGAAAUAAAUACAGCUUUAUCAGUCAAAACGAAUGUACAUCACUAAAUGGUACUUUGGAUUUGAUGUGGACUCACAGCCAAGAUGCUUUUGAUUAUUGCAUUCUUUUGGAAAGAACUUUGUCUAGUUUACCUAGAUCAUCUUUUCCAGUCAUUGUUGGACGCAGACCAUCGUCAUGUUCAUCAGGGUCUUUAGGAAAAGAAAAUCAUCAACUACGAGUAAUGCCAUCAUUUGCUGCGUCUUAUAAUGGCACAAAUGCAGGGUCUUCUUUUGGAAACACAACUAACACGAAAGAGAAAAGAGUAACAGUACCUGGAAUUGGAACAGCCUUUCAAUUAUCUAAUGGUGAAGUUCAAGUUAGAUUUCCAGAUGGAUCUCAACUGUGGGUGGAUGGAAAGCAUCAUGUACGUUAUCAGUAUCCUGAUGGCCAUAUUUCUAAUUACACAGACAAUGAAGUUAUUCCAAGGGUAAUAAUGGAAAAACUGCAGCAUAUGCCUAAAGUUUUAAAAUAUUUAAUUCCAACAUCUGUUACACAAAAAAUUGUUAAUUUAAGAUAGUUAUUGAUAAGUAAAAAAAAUUAAAUAUUUAUUUAUAUAUGAUUCACUUAGCGAAUAAGAGCAUAUCUUGCAAAAGCAUGACAAUAAAUUAUUUUUAUUAGUGUGUUUGUUUCCACUUUCAUAACAAAUUUAAUGAAUCCACAGAAAAACUAUUCUUCAUCAGCUUCUAAAUUAAUAUGACUUCCAAAUUUUCCAUAAAGAUGAGAUUUCAGGUCGCUCAUAGUUUCUUUAACUUCACAUGAUUUUUGUUUCAGAUCGGUUAUCUCUUCAUGAAUCUUCGUUUUAGUAUCGUCCAAACAUUUUUGUGUUUUUUCUACAUUUUGGUAAAUAAAAACCUCUCCUACCAAAUAAGGAAUUUGUUCUUCUUCAUCAAAUAAAGCAAUUUCGUCACACGCGUCUUCAAUACUUUUCAAGUCAUUUUCUUUCAGUUUAAUUUCAUCUUUAUAAUCUUCGAGUUUCGCAUUCAAUCUAGCGAAUCUAUUGAUCUUUUGCUGAUCUUCAUAAGUGAUGUGAACGUCGGAAUCGGGCUGAAAAGUUCCUUUACUCGUUGAGGUCAUUUUAAAAACCUUUGCUUUUAAUCACAGAAACAAAAAAAAUUCUGGAAUGUGAA